AUGUCUGUGACUGACUCGGGUUAUCUUCAAGAAGUCAAGCGGCAACAAGAGGCUGGAAUGCCUCGCUGCCUCUGUUCGAACUGCGAACCAGAAGCAGCCAGUCGACUCAUGGCAUUACAACCGAGCCUCACAAAUGAAAACUUUGAUGAAAUUGUGACUUCGGCUGAGCGGGAAUUUCCCUCGUUAGAAGAACUCAACCCCAACGGAUUUCCACCCACCAAAACCUCAACUGUACCGAAACAUAUCAUUUCGGCUUGUCCUGAAGAUGAUCCUAUUCGAUCUGUAGCUAUCAUGAAAACCCUUUACGAAUCAAUACGGACUAAUUUCGACAAGUUGUUCAAUAAGGCUUUCCCAAAAGGGCAUCACUUUUAUGCAUCUACAGAUUUGCUCAGCAAGGAUAAGAUUUGGCUAGUAGUCAAAAACUGUCGAUUACUAGCCGCAAGUCAUCACCUGGCCGAGAUUUUAGGUAGUGAAACAAUUUCUGGUCAGUUUGAGAUGAUAGUGUCUCAGGUAGAUGACUGGUUUUCCAGUGAACCAUACCAAACCUUCGUGAACACUCACCAACGCGAACCCUGGGUAGUUCCUCGUAAGGCCACGAAACGUAAAGCACCUGAUUCCACUGGAUGCUCCACAGACAUCAUGACUCUUUCGUCUCGCCAAAGGGCAAUUGGAGGCAACACUUCAAUUGCGCCAAGAAGUACCUCCAACGGACACCUGUUUGCGCCCGCUAACACCUGGCCAAGUUUUCCAAGAACUAUGUCUGGCGGUCAAAUGUUUCCAGUGGCUAACACGACCUCUGGUGUUAGCCACACUACACAAGUUGGACCAAAUCAACCAUACGAUUCAUUUUCUUCAAAUAUUUCCACUAACAGACGUUCUAAUCCGAGUAGUACACUCCAUUACAGAAACGCUUACGCUCAAAACCCCACUCUAACAAACAGUAUGAUGCGCUCGAAUAUGAAUGUGCCUACUUUACAACACCAAUUGAACACUAGGGUGCAAACUAAUUCAUCUAUCGUACAUCCAUAUGUAUCACCAAACACUAACUACGUCAACCCACCGCGAUAUCACCAUAUCGAACAACCACAACCGCUUCGACUUCCACUGACCCCUUUAUCAAGUAAUAUUCAACUCGAACCGGUUCGACCUACCUUACCCAGCCUACGUUCGUUGUGGCCUUCUGUCCAACCACGGGGCCAAGUCGAUGAAAUGGACUCUCGAGUACACGGUUCCUCUGGUCAAACCAAAUUCUAA